AUGCAAAACAAUUUUGGAUGUCUCAUAAUUGGAGGAGGAAGCGCUGGAGUAGCAUCAGCAAUUAGGGCAGCUAAGUAUGGGGUUAAGGUUGCUUUAAUAGAAUCGGGCAAAAUUGCAGGAACUUGCGUCAAUUCUGGAUGUGUGCCGAAAAAAGUUAUGUGGAACGCAGCUCUAACUCUUGAGAUUUUAAAGUCAUCGUCUGGGUAUGGGAUUGAUGCUAAUUAUAGUUUGAAUUGGAAAACACUAAAAGAAAAUCGUGAAAAUUACGUUGAGAGAUUGCAUGAAAUUUACCUACUCCCCCCCCUCCGUGAGUGAACAAAAAAAUUUUGUUCACUCACGGAGGGAGGUUAAUUUUUUUUUUUAAAAAAAUUUAUAUAUAAAUUUUUAUAAAAAAUAUUUUUUUUUUCGAAAUUUAAAAAAAUCCUAAUUCGCAAAAAUUGGAAAGCAAAUAUUAAUUUAAUUUAUAAAAAUUUAUGUUUUAAAAAGCAAUUCGUUUAAAAUUAAACAGAAUUAGCUCUAGAUUUCAUUAUACUAAUUAUCAUUUAUAUAUCAAAAUUUUUUUCCAUAAAAAAUUUUUUUUGUAUUAAAAAAAUUUUGUUCACUCACGGAGGGUGGGUUUUUGGGCAAAAAAUAGCGAUUUUUCUAAUGGUUUUGUUCACUGACGGGGGGGGAGUUAAAUAAAUUGAAAUUUCAUGGAGUAGAAGUCAUUAAUGGAGUAGCUUCUUUUACAGGCCCGAACACCAUUGUUGUCAACGGAGAAAUGGAAUUGACUGCUCCUAAUAUAUUUAUCACUAGUGGUAGCAAGCCAUUGCUGCUAAAUAUCCCAGGAAAAGAAUUUUUGUGUACUAGUGAUGACUUCUUUCUAUUGGAUGAUAAAGUCAAUAAAGCCCUCAUAGUUGGCAAUGGCUACAUUGCAGGAGAAAUAUAGGGUUUUCCCUAUAUGACCUGGUAAGGAUCGUGUUUUCUCCAUGGAAUCCCUCUGUUGGUCAAACCAACUCAGUGCGUUGGCUUGGCCAAUUCACUGGUUGGUUCAACCAGCAGAGGGAUUCCAUGGAGAACCCACGGCCCUUAUCGGGCUAUAUAGGGAAAACACCUAUAUCAGGCUUGCUUAGCACUCUAGGCACUGAUACAACAGUAGCUGCCAGAGAGCCAAGAUUUUUAGAAACUUUUGAUAUAGAUACUGCUAAUAUUCUUGAAGAGCACUACAGACAAUCUGGAAUAAACAUUUUUACUCAAACAGAAGUUGUAGAAAUUAAGAAAACCUCUGAUGGUUUUGAAGCCAUUUUUAAUGAUGGGAGAAGAUUCACCUAUGAUUUGAUCAUUUCUGCUAUAGGGAGAAUUGGGAACGUAGAGAAGUUAAAUUUGCAAGUAACAUCAGUAGAAUUGGACCAAAUAGGGAAUAUUAAGGUUGAUGAAUGGGAAGCUACAAAUGCUCCUGGAAUUUAUGCAUUUGGAGAUGUCAUUGGGAAAAAGAACCAAACACCUGUAGCUGUUGCUGCAGGCAGAAAGCUUGCUGAUAGACUAUUUGGGAAUAAGCCAGAUGCUAAAUUAGAUUAUAACUUAAUUCCAACAAUGAUGUUUUCUAUGCUACCAGUUGGAACUAUAGGAUUAACUGAAAAAGCUGCAAGAGAAAAAUAUGGUGAUGCGAUAAAAAUUUAUAAAUCAAAAUUUACAAAUAUGUUUUUCCAAGUAGGAAAUUACAAGGAGCCUACCCUUUUUAAAAUGAUAGUGUAUGGACCAGAAGAAAAAAUCAUUGGCUUGCAUGCUGUUGGAAGAGGAGUUGACGAAAUGAUUCAAGGAUUUGCUGUGGCUAUUAAAAUGGGGGUAAAUAUACAUAAAAAUGGCAUUAUUGGAAAAUCCCUCCUGACCCUUUUCUUCAACACCAGAGGAAAACGGCCUGGGUGUGAAGGCAGAAGAGUUUGGAAAUCCUUUUUAUUAGGCUAUACAACCUUAACCUGAGCAUAAGCAGCAAGAAAAACUUGCUGUUUGUAGCGAGGAUAAGGAUACAUAGGUUUUUCUCAGGCCCCCAAGGGAGCUAUUCUUGGGACUUUAAGUUUUUACUCUGAGGCUAUCUUUGGAAAGGCAGCCCCGAGCAUAUAAUAAAUCCUCUAGCAGGGCUCAAUAGAUGACAUCUUCCUCAUAAUAAGCGGAAGUUUCGACCCAGGUGAUGGGACUAUAGGCUCAAGGAGUCAUGAAAGUCAAGAUUGGCAGUGCGAAUCCCUGCCUGCGGAGGAAGGGGUGUCGGCCAGGGCCCCUUGGAGCUGAUGAGCAUAUAUGGGUGUAAAUCCCUCUCCCUGUCGAGAACGAAAAGCUUAAUCUAAUUUUAACCUAAAAUGGGAGCAAGAAAGCAAGAUUUUGACGAUACUGUUGCAAUCCACCCAACAGCAAGCGAAGAGUUUGUUUUACUAUCAUAG